AUGGAGUCAUUCAAGAAGGCCCUAAAAGAUUAUUUUGUGCACGAGGGUAAAGAUGUUUUAUACAUUAAGAAUGAGAAGCUGAAGGUGAGAGCAGCCUGUACAGGUGAAAAAUGUCCUUGGCUAAUUUUUACAAGCUGGAACAGUUCAAAAGAUUACUUUCAGAUCAAAACUCUUUACAAAGAACACAACUGUGGAAGGGAUUUUGGUAGCAACUUGGCUGACAGAGCAUGGGUCAUUGAUAAGUUAGUUAAGAAGCUCUUUACAGAGCCUGACCUGAAGAUAGGUGCAGCCAGGGAUCAUAUCAUAGAUGAAUACAAUGUGAAAGUGAAUCUUAGAAUGGUAGCUAGAGCAUUGAAAGUUGCGAGAGAGGUUGUCAUUGGGAGUGAAAAGGCACAGUAUGGAAAGACACGGGAUUACCUGAUGAAAUUGCACAGAAGUAACCCAGGAUCAACUGCCUUGAUGGAAGUAAUUCCCCAACCUGAAUCCCUGCCACUAUUCGAUAGAUUAUACAUUAGUUUGGAUGCUUGCAAGAAAGGGUUUAAGGAGGGAUGUAGGCCACUAAUAGGGUUGGAUGGCUGCUUCUUGAAGGGUCGUUAUGGUGGCCAGCUUCUAAGUGCGGUGGGCCAAGACACAAAUAACCACUUCUAUGUCAUUGCAUAUGCAGUGGUCCCGAAUGAAUGCAAGGAGACAUGGAAGUGGUUUUUAACUUUACUGAAAGAAGACUUGAGUGAAGUUCCACAACAUUGCAGGAACUUUAUUUCCGACCAACAAAAAGGUUUGGAGCUGGCAAUGAAUGAAGUUAAUCCUACUGUCCAUCACCGAAAUUGUGUUCUUCAUAUUUGGAAGAACUUUAUAAAACAUUUCAAAGAUGAACAAACAAAGCAGAUGGUAUGGGAGUGCUCUUGCUGUACAACAAUUCAAGAAUUCAGAAGUUCAAUGGAGAAAUUAAAGAAUCUAAAUGAGGGAGCCUGGGAGUAUCUACAUAGGAAGAAGCCAAUUCUGUCAAUGUGUGAAGACUUGAGGUGUUACAUCAUGAGAAAAAAAACUAUGCACAAGAAGAGACUAGAGCACCACACUGGUAUCUUGGCCCCUGUGCAGCAGAAGAAGCUUGAUCAGUUUAUCAAGCCCAAGAGCAUGCCUUGCAGACAUGUGGUUGCAGCCAUGGCUAAGAUGGGGUUGAAGCCAGAGGACUUUGUGCAUAAAUGGCUCACUAUGGAUGCUAUCAGAUCAGCCUAUUCUGUCUGUAUUAAUCCAGUUAACAGUGAAGAAUACUGGAACCCAACUGAUUCACCACAGCCACUACCUCCCCCAAUUAAGAAACCUACACAUCGUCCAAAGAUGAAGAGAAAAGUCAAUUUUGUGGAGACAGAGAUGAAUUCCCACAAAGCCAAAAAUUCAUUCAAAGUGACUUGUAACAGGUGUGGCUAA